AUGUGUGCACUCCUGGGUUCCUCAGUCCUCUGCAAUUCACACAGGAAACACCAGAGAAUGGGUGAAGGAAAAGCAUUUGUGUCAAAUGGGAAGUUCUGCUUUGUCCUGUGUGGCUGGAGGGUGGGAGCCCUGAUGGCUCUGUGUGUCCUGCAGCAGGCUCGAGGUCAUGUUCAGCUUCUCCCUCCUCAAAACGUGACCCUGCUGUCCAGGGAUUUUGCCAUGAUUUUGACCUGGGCUCCAGGGGAAGGCUCUCCCCCAGAUGUGACCUACACUGUGAGGUAUGAAAGCCAGGACCGCCUGGACAAAUGGAGGAAGGUUCCUCACUGCAGGAACAUCCCCAGGUCCUUCUGCAAUCUGACUUGUGCCCUCUCCAACCUCUACGUCAAGGUGCGGGCUCGGGUGAAGGCGGUUUGGGGCCAGUCCCAGUCGCCCUGGGUGAAAUCCCAGUUCAAGGAUUACUACUCAGAUGUGGAACUGGCUCCCCCUGUGCUCACCCUGAAGGUCAGGGACAACUCCAUCCACGUCAGUGCCUCCUUCCCUCUGCCCACCUGUGUGGAGAACCUCACCUGGAAGUAUGACCUGAACCUCUGGGAAGCAGGAUCUGAAGACAAGCAGAAGAAAUACGAGGGUUACUUCAGGAAGGACACAGUGACCAUCAACACCACUGCCCUCAGAGGCAACUACUGCUUCAGUGCCAGGGCUGUCUAUGAAAGCAUCAACGUGAAGCACAGUGAAUUCUCCCAGCCUGUGUGUGUGCUGUUAAACCACAAAGCACAGUGGAAGUUCCCACUUCUGGUUGUAAUCCCUCUGUUGGUCCUCCCCAUCUUUGUGGCCAGUCCCUUCAUCUGCUGCCUGGUGAAGCAGGAGGCCAAGCAAAGGAAGAUGCCUCAGGUUCUGGAUUUCUCUCAGUUUAAAGCUGCUGGACCAACCUUCCCCCUGGGGCUUGGUGAAAAGGAAUUCUGCAGUGAUGAUCUGAGCUGCUCAGAGGAGCCAGUGCCUCAAAGGAGGACAAACAGAGCUUUAGGAGGACACCAGCUGCCAUGGAGGGCUUCUUUCCCAUCAUCAUCAUCACUGUCAUCAUCGUGGUCAGAGGAUGAGGAGGAGGAAGGCAGCAGCACUUUGAUCCCAUACCAUGAAAUGCCUCGGUAUCCAAAGAGAGGUCUCAGCUCUCAGCCAGCCCCAGCAGCUCUGGGGGAAAUCCUGGAUUCAGGGUCUGGAGAUCUCUCUGUGGCAUCCGUGCUUGACCUCAGAGCCCUGGGUUUCACCCUCCUUGCAGAGAGGAAGGGUGAGAGGGACACCUCGGGGUCCCAGGCACACAAGGAGCCCUCCCUGUACCUCUGCUCCUCCUUGGACAGGAUCUCCCUCGCUGAUGUGACGUUCCCAGGAGCCCCAGAGCAGGGCCAGGACCAUGGACACGGGGACAAGAGGCUGGGGACGAGCCCCCUGCAGCCCCUGCUGGGGGGGAUUGGUGCUGAACCCCACGAGCUGAACCCCAGGAAGGUUCCCCAUUCCUGCAGGGGUUACCAGGAAUCCAUCCCUGAUCCCAGCAGGCAGCUGCUCAUCCCCCUGUGGACACUGCAGCUGGCAGAGGAUGAAGGCAUUGCCAGUGACUGUGGCAGUGACAGCUUCACAGAGGGGACCCCUCCCGGGCCCACAGUGCUCAGUGACGCUUUUGGGACUUCAGGUACAGAGGGAAAAUGUGAUCCAAAGCUGCAAUUCCCAGGCUAUGAGCACUCACAUUACUUGGGAAGGAUCUGA